GGUAACUAACGUUCGUGACGACCAAGUCAGAUCAUCCCACUGCGUGAAGUCGUUUGGCAAAGAUGUCUGCUACGGAUGUAGGCGCUUGUGGACCCGGAGCAGGACCCAGUUCGGGUGCUGGGUCCGGGGCAUCAAACCCUCGAAAAUUUAGCGAGAAAAUAGCUCUACAUACCCAACGUCAGGCUGAAGAAACUGCCGCUUUUCAGGAGGUUAUGAUGGACAUCACCUCCACCAGGAUCCAGGCUCAGAAAGUGCGUCUGGCUAGAACCCAGGGCCCGUACUAUGGGGGCUCCCUACCCAACGUUAAUCAGAUCGGCAGGAACCCAGGCGACUUUCAGGGUUUAUUCCACUCUAACCUGGACUCCAGUCGCUCCACACGGCACCACGGCCUGGUAGAGCGGGUCCAGAGGGACAGACGCUUCAUCUCCCCAGUGCGCCCCUACAGGAGAGUGGACAGCUCUCCAUACAACUCAGCCUAUCUGUCCCCACCUCCGGACACCAGUUGGAGAAGGAACUGUUCGGGCAACUUCCCAGGAGACAAAAGCCAGUUAUUUCGCCUCCCCACCAUGGCACUCAACAGGACCAACUCAGACUCUGCCCUCCACACCAGUGUGAUGAACCCCCCUGCAGGAGACCCCUUCAGUGCUGGACACACAUUCACCCUUCAGGGCAGACUCACAGGCCAGAGUGAAGGAGAGGGGAGAAGAAGUGAGCCUAAAAGUCCCACUCGCUUGUUUCCAUACCCAGUUCCCCCCAUUGAGGAGAACGUUCUGGAUCAGGGCAUACUGCUCAAGCCCUGGGACACCAAGAAGUUGCCCCUGUUGUCUUCUCGACCCAAGUCCUGUGAAGUUCCCGGUAUUAAUAUCUUCCCCUCCCCGGACCAGCACUCCAGCACCCCCCAUGCCCCCUCAGCCCUGAACACGGGGGGCUCCCUGCCCGACCUCUCCAGCCUGCACUUCCCGUCGCCGCUACCCACCCCGCUGGACCCAGACGAGCCGGGCUACCCUUCGUCCCUGAGUGGGGGCAGCAGCACUGGCAACCUGGCCACUACCCUCACCCAGCUGGGUAUUAAUGCCAGCAACGCCUUCCGCCACUUGCCAGGUCUCCUGGCAUCUCUUCAGGGCACUCUCAGUAACCCCUCCUUGCAGUCCUCGCUAAGCAACCCCAACAUCCAAUCAUCUCUCAGUAGCCACUCCUUCCCCAACUCCCUCAGCUCCACCUCCUUGCACUCGUCGCUUAGCAACCCGUCCCUGCAGUCCUCCCUUAGUUCCUCCCCCUCCCUUCAGUCUUCCCUCAGCAACCAAUCCCUGCACUCCUGCCUCAGCAACUCCUCCCUGAGUGGCCAGUCCCUCCAGACCGCAGCCAGUAACCCUAGUUACAGUAGCGGGGUGGGAGGGUCCGGCUCGUGCGCCUCUUAUUCGCCAUUGUUAACUAGCCAGGGGCAGUCGCCUCUCAGCACGUCGCCACGGAGACUAGCUCAGCUCUCCCCUCUGAUCCAACCCAUGGGAGGGGAGUCUCGCCGGCACCACUCCAAACAGUUCUCCCCCACCAUCUCUCCUAACUUGUCCUCCAUAACACAGGGCGUCCCUCUGGACACCAGCAAACUGCCCAUGGACCAGAGGCUCCCUCCCUACCCCUUCAGCCAACCCCAGCAGCAGCUUCAUCAGCCAGGUCCUCCAACAUCCCAGCAGGCCUCUCAGGCAGGACAACAGCUCUCCCAGCCGUCCGUGGUACUACAACAACAACAACAACAACAACAACAGCAGCAUCAACACCAUCAGCUGCAUUUGCAAUACCAGCUGCACCAGCAGCAACGUGCCCAGUCUCAGCAGGCCCUCCAGCAGCUGCACCUGCAGAACCUGCGCAAUGUCCAGAACCAGCAGCAGCAUAGGGUGUCAGUCAAAAUUGAGAAGCAGGGUGAGCAGGGCCAGAACUCCCAGUGCCUGCAGAUGCAAGACCUCCAGUCGACCCAGCAGCAGCAACAACAACAGGACCAGCAAGACCAACAGCAGCAGAUGGAGCAGCAAAGGCAGCAGGGAAGUCUUCCCCAGCUGCAGCACAUCAGCCACUCCCUGGCCACAGACCUGGGCCUCUACAACGACACAUUACUGUUAAACUCUCUGUUGAAUGAUCCCUACCUGGGCCUGCAGAUCGCCUCCAGACAGAACCAGCAGUUCAACAUGGAGACUCCGGGAGACAGCCUGUCAUUCAACCAUGGUGGCUUGGGCUGUGGGAGUGGUGGAAAGGACCAGGAGGAAUCCUACCACUCCAACCAUGGCUUCCUGGAGCUCCACGAUUCAGGGGAUAGGCAGCACCUUAACAACCAGAACUUUGGGGGAGAGGGAUGCCACAACGUCCCUAACAUCAUCCUCACAGGAGACAGUUCGUUGGGCCUCUCCAAGGAGAUCGCCAGCGCACUGUCCCACGUGCCAGGGUUUGAGAUGGACUCCUUUGCCCUGGAUGACCCCCUCAGGAUGGACCCUCUGGCCCUUGAAGGGCUGGGCAUGCUGGAUGGGGACCUCAUGCUGACCGACCCCGCCGUGGAAGACUCCUUCCGCUCCGACCGCCUCAAGUGACCCCCCCCCCCCCGGCCUGGAGUGGAUACUGAGGAGUACGGAGGGAAGGGGCUUGGAACAACCCCGGGCUGAAGCAGAACAGGUGGGGUUGAGCCCUGCUUUGCUUCCCCCUCCUUGGUGAUUGACCCAACCACAGGAUCUGCGAAUACGAGGUCAGGUGGGAGGUUUUGGACAGUCUAGUGCAGUGUUCUCUGACUGGUCCUGGAGAGAAACUGGGGAGCAGGCUUUUGAUCCACCAUAGUACUAAUAUACCUUUCAAAUAAUCAGCUAAUCACAGUCUUCAAUCUGGACCUUGAUUAUUUGAAUCGUGUGUGUUAGUCCUGGGCUUGAAUAGAAUUCUACAUGCUCUCCAGGGCCAGAGUUGGAGGCACCUGGUCUAGUGGGGACGUCUCCACAUGCUUUUUGCGAGGUGAUGUGGGGAAGGUUGGAGGACAGGACUGACAUGUCAGUGGUGGAGCAAGUUUGUUAAAGGUUCUUUCCGCUACAUCCAGGCAUUUAUCGAAAAAACGCACUUAUGAUGCUUAAGAGAAAAAAAGAAAAUAUCGGCAUUAGCUUGUACGAGUCUUAUCUGCAUGUAAACAAAUGCACUUCGGAUAAUGCAUAAAUGCAGGGAUCACGCAUGAGGUCAGUUACACUUGAAAAUGCCGUCUUGAAAACCAUGCAAUAUGCAUUCUAUAAGACAGGACUUUUCCGACUGGUAUUUUGGCUUUGUCUGUCGGUGUUCCAUCAUUCCAACGCCAGUAUGGGGAGGCUGGAAUAUCAGCUACGUUUGCCAUCAUUCUACUGCAAGAACAUACAGUAGAUCUGGGGUAUUUUCUGGAUUACAUCAACCCAACCAACCAGAGUUCAACCAAUAGUGGCCAAUUGACAUGUCAUUAAGUGUUUCUGUUUUAUUUAAGUUUGGUGAAGGUAAUUCAAUGGCGGACCUUGCUAGCUAUAGUUCAGAUAGAGUUCAGUGUUUCAAUGGACAAAGAGAAAGUGUGUUUUUGGAGAGGUGACUUUCUCAGUCCCUUGGGACAAGUUGGCACUUACGGGGCCAUUUUAGUGUCUGGACAGCAUAUUCGUCUGUAAGAUUAUCACUGUCUGUGUUCUAGACCCAGCUAAAUUGACCUUUCUCAUUUGACGUCUGUUAACUCGAAUCGUCUUGAUCGUGCCGAAUCUAAAAAAUAACUAAAUCGAUCGUCUAAGGAUAUUGUCCUCCUAUUGAAUCAAGUAGUCCUUAGAGUUCAUUAUCCUGUCUAUUAAAAACAACACAUAAAAUAACACAUUUCACUGCACCUAUCUGGUGUAUGUGACAAACAUUUGUGUAUGUAUUUGUUUUUAUAUAUGUCCCAACAUGGCAGCUGUUGCCAUUCUGCCAGCCUGCUUCUAUACCAUGGAGCUUCUCUGUAAGUUUAAGCCGUGGACCUUUUGCUAUGUACCACCUCUGUGUGCCUGCUAUCCUGCUAGCUCCCCCUUAGAUCUUAGACCUACCCUUUUCUACACAUUCCCUUUGAAGCAACUAGGGACUGUUUGUAUUUAAAUGUGUACUAUUCACAAAGUGUCUGCCUUCCAUCAAGAGAAUUGGCAUUGUUGACAUGAAAAAGAAAGAGGGGACAAAAGCCCUCAAUACAUUUCAAUGACAUGAGUUGUAUGUUUUAUCAUUGAGUAAUUGGGAAACGACAAGGCCAAAACCAUGUGAAUGCAUAGCAACAUUUUUGCCAUAGUAUGUAUUGUAACUGUUAUUACUAUCCUAAGGCCUUGGAGCUUUAGUGUCCGUUUUAGUCAGGUAAUCCUAGCCACUGUGAUUGACACCUCUAACCCCUCCCACCUGCUGCACCUGUCUUGCCACAGCAAGGGCCAUAGCCAGAUUAUAGUAACAUAUUUUUAUGUAACAAAGUAGUUAUUACUAUGAAGUUUUAUUUUUUAAUUAAAGGUGGUCUUUGUAUAUAAAUGUAUAAAUAACUGAAUAUAUUUAAGAAGAGAAGCCGUUUGGUUCCGCAACACCCUGAAACCGGUUGCAUGAUUUGAAAAGCAACAUAUUCUGAACAAUGUAGUCCAUUUGCUAUGCAAAAUGUUCUUGUGCAUGUCUUGUGACUGUCUGGGAGUUGUCAAAUACAAAUUUUCAGAUAGUACAUUUGCAUCAUACUAUUGUAGCGAAAAUACAUUUUUUGUAAAAUAUUUUUUUGCGUUUUUAAAUUGUCAUUUUGCUUUGGUGACAAUUUGAUAUUGGUGUCUAAAGACUACUGUAAGUUUGACAUUGUGUGGCAGCAACAGGAUGUUAGAGCGCUUGAGAUAAUAUCGUUUAACUUUCAUAAUGACAAAGAUUAUGGAAAUCAGCCCUUCUUUCCAGUGUGGACUGAAAGAGGCCAUGUUUGACAGACUUAAUAAAACACAAGUUUUGCUACUUGGAUAUAGAAAGCUGUAUGCAACUGUUACAUCAUAGAUUGGUGGUAACAUCCAUCCUAAAAUGAAGUAGUGCUGUUCUGAAAUUGUGCUAACGUAGAGUUUAACCCCCUUAUUGACAGAUAUUGAAGUACCUCUAAUUACCGGUGUGCUUUAUUUCUACCAUAUUGCUUUUACACUGAUCAUAUGAGCCAAAUGCAAAUCUGUUUUGACAGGGAGUGGUGGUUGAAGUGGUUUGAGUAUCAAACCUAUGGAAAAACCUAUUCACUACGGCCUCCUAUCCAACAGUAAUAGUGUGGGUUUGCAAAGUCCCCUUUUACCACUGUGAGCCAACGUUGUGCCUUGGUGUAUAUCUUGCUUCUUACUAGGCUGGUGGUAUUGGCAAGCCCACAAGUCGUUUUGAAGAGCCAUAAUAAUGUAUUUCCAAUUUAGCCAUUAAUGAGGGGAGGUAUAAAAAUAAAGUUAGCGUGAAAAUCAUAUUUGAAAGUGUUUCUGCAUUGCUUAGUCCUGUGUUCCCUAUUUUCUGUGGCAUGUUUCCUGUAUUUUCUGAUUUUAUUUAGUACUGCACUGUGGACCAUUCCCAACCAAAACUGAAAAUAUUAUUUUGAAGUGAUAUUUUAAUUGAUAGGCUAUAUAAUGGAGAUUUGAUUGAGGCUUUUUUAAAUUGGACUGAAGAGUGGAUGAAAUGUCUUCUCUGUUUAGAAGGAAUCAUGUAAGUGUGGGUAGUAUAUUUUGGAUUUGGUCUGAAUGGUAUUCUGAUGAAGUACCAGUUAAUUUCAGUGUCAGCGCUGGCAGUUGACUCGAGAGGUGUGAUGAUUAUAUGAUCUCCAUCUUCACCUGGUGUGAGAACAGACAUGAAAUGCAGAGAAAGUCAUUUUACUGUUAUUCUGCACAUUGUCAUUUGAAAAUCCAAGAGCACGCCCGCCAUGCCCGCCAUUGGUAGUCCUGCUUGAUUAGUCCAGGGUGAAGCAUGUUUGCUCUACCAGUUGUUUGAUUUCGAAUCUGUGACAAUGUUACGCAAUGCCUCAGAGAAAUAUAAGUCACUUUUCUUCAGGUUAUUAUUAUAUUUAAAUAAAAACGUUUUUUUUUUUUUUUACUAGGCAAGUCAGUUAAGAACAAAUUCUUAUUUACAAUGACGGCCUAACCCGGCCAAACCCUAACGACGCUGGGCCAAUUGUGUGCCGCCCUAAGGGACUCCCCAUCACGGCCGGUUAUGAUACAGCCUGGAAUCAAACCAGGGUCUGUAGUGACGCCUCAAGCACUGUGAUGUAGUGCCUUAGACCGCUGUGCCACUCGGGAGCCCAAAAUUAUCAUGUGUAUCCAAAAGUUUGAUUAUGUACACUGCAGUUUUUUUUGCUGCGAAAAGGAGCAAUAAUUGCUCAUGGUUUCCCCCUCUGCAUUAGUUAGUUAUACCAAGUGAAUUUGUCUCACAUCUUGGCAAUUCUUCACAGCUGCAAUUUGAUGCUUCAGCUGUCAUGCCUUUAGAAAGCAAUAAUAAUGUGGUCGUUUUGUAGGCACUAACAGAGCUAGGCUAUGGAGAAAUUAUUUUUGGGUUUGUUUUGAUAAACACAUCAGGUCUGUGUGGAGAACACAGGCUUGGGAGAUCUUAUGUUUUGUUCUAUGAGAUCAUCUAUCACCAUGUCAUUUUUUUGUUGUAAAUUUUGAAGCAUUUAUGUAAUCAAAAUAGGCUUCAUAAUUCAUAAAGGUUGUGUUCAUAGACAUAUCUCAUUGAACGAAACAUAGAAAGUCAUCAAAGCAUGUGUUAACCUCGGACCUUAUUUUCGGAGUUUAUCCCCAAACCACAUUAAUUUCCUCCAUAGGAACGGCUGAACGAACCUGAGGCUUAAUUUCCGAUUUUUAAGACUACAAGGAGGCUGCGCUAACAACUUCAUUGAUCUCUCAGUAUCUGUGUUAUGCAGUAACGUUGUAGUUGAAGACCAUGCACGGCAAUAACAUUGCCAGUAGGGGUUGCUGUUGAACAGUGAAGCUAUGUGUGAUAGGGAUCAGUCAGAUGGCCAUAUUAAUUGCUGUGUUAUUGUUCAGUGAAUUCUACGGUUGUAGUUAACGUUUUUGCUUCAUGUUUAGGGUCAAAACCAUAUGUAUUUUGCGUUUUCAGAGUAAUUACAUUUAAAUGUUUAUUUUAAACUUGUAAUAUCCAGGGAACCCAUCGAUGUUGUAAAUAAUGUUCCUAAACCACUGUGCAUCUUAAACCUAACAAGAAAAUAUUUGUACCUUUUCACAUUAUUUUACAAAAAAUAAAGCAAAAAAUCCUGUCAAA